UAUAUUUUGCAAAGGUUUUGAAGGCGCCGUGAAGAUGAGUUCGUACUAGUGCGGGGUUCAGACGUGAGUUUUCGAGCUCGUGUUUAUGGUUUUUAGUGCGAAUUAAUCGAUUGAUUCGAAUUCAGUGAAGAGGGUAUCGAAUUGUGAGAAACAUUUAAUUAAUUAGAACGAUGGUUAAGCGAAGGAAUCAGCCCCUGAUUGAUUCGGAUUCAAGCAGCUCUAGCGAGUCUGGCUCUGAUUUGGAUUCGGAACUUUUAUCUCUCGCAAAGAAAAGAAAGAAUGCUGACGGCACAGCUGGUAAAUCAAAAACUCAAGCGAAACAAUCGUCUGGCUCAGAUUCAGACGAUGAUGACGAUUGGGCUGAUGGCAAAAAUGAUGGGAACGAAGCAAAAGUUGCAGCAUCUGCUAAAUCAUCACCAAAAUCACCGGAGAAAAAAUCUCCUAGUGAAAAGGCAGUGGAUUCUGAACACGAAGAAGGCGAAGUCACGUCGGAUGAUGACGACGACGACGACGAUGAAUCGGCUUCAUCCAGUUCAGAUUCCGAAUUCGAUGAUGGUUUCGAUGAAAAUCUAAUGGGUGACGAUGAGGAUCGUGCUCGUCUCAAUGCACUUUCCGAAAAGGAACGUGAAACAGAGAUUUUCAAACGUAUUGAACGCCGUGAUGUGAUGCGAACACGUUGGGAAAUUGAACGUAAAUUGAAAUUGCAGCGACGUGGUGAUAAAGCAAAGGAUAAGACAAAAAAAGAUAAGAAGAAAAAGAAAAAAGAGAAGAAGAAGGAAAAGGAGAAGGAAAAAUCACCAGUUAUUGUUCGACGAUCACCAUCGCCUAAACCACCUCCAAAACCGGUUGUUGUUCAACCUCCCACCCCGCCUAGCCCAGAAAAAGAGGAAGAAGAACCACCAGCAGCGGCACCUGAGUAUUUUGAUCCUAAGGAGAGGUCUAAGGAGCGUAAGAAGAAUGUGGAAAUGAACAAAACCGAUGACAAGCGAAGCAAUGCAAUGGCACUGUUGAAAGCCAAACGGGAAGGAAAAGCUAAGAGAGAGGAAGAAGAAGCCAAACGGCAAGCCGAAAAGGAACGUGAAGAGGAGAAGGAAGAGCUCGAAAGCGUUUCCGGUGGUAAAUCAGCUGUGAAACUAAAAGCGUCAGACAUCUACUCAGACGACUCCGGUAGUAGCAGUAGUAGCGAUAGUGAGGAGGAAGAGGGCGGCAAACCCUCUGAAAAACGUUCCGUUAGCAGUCGAUCGUCAAGUAGUGAAUCGGACGAUGAAUCGACAUCAACGAAGAAAACAGUCUACAUCACGACACGCGAGGAUCUCAAUAAACUUCGAUUAUCUCGUCACAAAAUGGAACGUUUCAUAAAUUUACCAAUGUUUGAGCGGGUUGUGACAAGUUGCUUUGUUAGGAUAAGCAUAGGAAACAAUGGCACAAAGCCAGUGUAUCGCGUUGCAGAGAUUACUGGUGUCGUGGAAACACCGAAAAUUUAUCAAUUUGGGAAAUCCCGAACAAAUCGGGGCUUACGGUUGAAGCAUGGAGCACAAGAGCGAGUUUUCAGACUAGAAUUCAUAUCGAAUCAAGAUUUCACAGAAAGUGAGUUCGAGAAAUGGCGAAGUGUUUGCGCAACAUCGAACAUCGAGAUGCCAACUAUGGAUACUCUGCAACAAAAGCAACGAGAAAUCAAGGAAGCUCUGAAUUAUGAAUACAAUGAUGAAGAUGUGAAUAAAAUUAUUGACGAGAAGAAUCGAUUCCGACAGCGACCGACCAACUACGCUAUGAAGAAGACUAUAUUAAUGAAAGAACGAGAUGCUGCCCUACUUCGUGGCGAUGAUGAUCUUGCACGUCAGCUAGGUAUUCAGAUUGAUGAGCUCGAGAAUCGGGCGUCAGAGCUAGAUAAACGUCGAUCAAGUAGUAUAAGUCUUAUCUCGUACAUUAAUGAUCGGAAUCGGAAGCGGAACGUAGAGGAAGCAGAAAAGGCGAUUAUGGAAGAGAUUCGUGCUACAAAAGGAAUGAAAAUUGAAGAUCCAUUCACAAGGCGAUCUACACAGCCUCGGAUGACAUUCAACAAAAAUAGUGAAGGCGGGAAGCAGGAGGAAGUGAAGGCAACCCAGCCACAGCCACCACCUCCGCCUAGUCGAAGGAAGCAAGAAGAUGACAAGAAACCGAAGGCGAAUACGGCUGACUACAAUUUGUAUACCCUGCAUGAUUUCGAAAUUGAUCUGGACGUUCCAUUGCCUGUGAAUCCAGUCAGCGUCCUACCUAAACCAGUUGCUAAGGCAAACGAGACGGCACCGAAGCGGUCCCUAAACUUGGAAGACUACAAGAAAAAGCGUGGUCUUAUUUAGCUGACGUUCGCCAUGGAACUGUAGAAACUCACGUGUCUAAACUUAAUUAUUGUACUUGUACUAGGUAUGAACUGAGAUUGUAGAGACAGAGCAAGAAAUUAAGCGAAGAAGUUGACUUAUUUACUGUUCGUUAAAAUUAUUUCGACAACUGUGUUUAUUGUGAGUGUUAAUCGAUGACUGGAAUAAGUUUCAAUGAGUAUGCGUUUGAGCGCAAAUCUAAUAAGUGAUAAGUCCAUAACUAAACACUAAGCAUUAAUUGAAUGAUCGGAAAAGAUUAUCUAAGCUCAAUCGGUUAGAUUCAUUUGAAAUUGUAAGGAUGUAUUUAUGCAAGUUAAAGGAAAAACUAAGAACCAAUAAACAAUUCAAAAUUUAUCAAGAAUUGCGGAGGAUAAUACAUUAGGAGGUUUGUGUUAUUAUUCGCGAGUAACGAGUCGUCGAAUGAUAAAACGAAACAUAUAUUGUGGCGGACGCAGCACAUAUUGCAGGCUCGAGAUGGGUGAAGGGGGCUUGCGGUUUUUGUCAUCUGGAAUUCGUACGCGAUGUACACAAGACUCUCUAUGCGCUGCUUUUCUUCCUCAUCACUCCUCUGUUUUCGUUUAAUCCUUUUUAUCAUUUGAAUGGAAACGCAAGUUUUAUAAUACUAGACGAAACAUUGUAGGAAUACUAAUCACAUUAGCGCGUUCCGUUGAAAGAUAAGAGAGUUUUUCUAUAUUAGUUUUAGUUUACUGUUUUAUUCGAAUAAGAUAUAAAAUUUAUAUUUUUAAUAAGUUAUUCGCUUCUGUCAACUCAAUUAUUGUAAAUUAUGAAUAUUCUUUCGAGAAUAUUUGAAAAAGCAUAAUCUUACAUAAAUAUAAACUGUAUUUAAGCGCAA